UCGUCUCCAUGUCUGAGUUUGGCAAAGUGAAAUCGCCGAAAAAAAUCAUUGUUCAUUGCUCAUAAGAAAAAACAGUAACUUCUUCUGGUUAAAAAGAUAAUUUUCAUAAAAAAGGAAUAUUUCAAAAGUUAUUUUAAACAUAGUUCAGCAUUAAACUUUUGUGGGGUUAAGAUUGGUGACGAAAAAGUAUGUAAAAUUUCUUUUGUAAAACUCGAUUGAACUCCAGGCAAAGCGUGUGGAAAGAAACAGAGAAUUCUUCCAGAUUGCAAUUUAUGAAAAUAUUUCUUUGGUUUUUUGUCAUUGACACAAAAACUUACGAAAUAGUGAAAAUUUAACAAACUGCCCCAAAUGUCCGCAAACACCGCGUCUACAUCGAAUCAGACGGGAUCAUCAAAUACCACAACAAUGACUACUUCGCAUGGGUUAAAUGCUGCUAGCACUAGUUCCCCCAGUAGACCAGCGGUACGUGCACUUGCUCUCGAAUACAAGUCUCUGCAAGAAGAACCAGUCGAGGGUUUUCGUGUGAAAUUGCUUAAUGAAGAUAAUCUCUUUGAAUGGGAAGUAGCUAUAUUUGGGCCGCCCGAUACACUAUAUCAAGGUGGUUACUUUAAGGCGCACAUGAAAUUUCCACAAGAUUAUCCGUAUUCACCGCCAUCUAUACGCUUUCUGACUAAAGUAUGGCACCCAAAUGUUUAUGAGAAUGGUGACUUGUGUAUUUCCAUAUUACAUCCACCGGUUGAUGAUCCACAAAGUGGUGAAUUGCCUUGUGAAAGAUGGAAUCCAACACAAAAUGUGCGUACCAUAUUGUUGUCAGUUAUAUCGCUACUAAAUGAACCGAACACAUACUCGCCAGCCAACGUGGACGCAUCCGUUAUGUACCGGAGGUGGCGUGAAUCGCAGGGUAAGGAUAAUGAGUAUCCCAGCAUUAUACGUAAACAAGCGCAGGCAGCCAAUGCGGAUGCAAUUAAAGAAGGUAUUGUUGUGCCGAUGACGCUUGAGGACUAUUGUUUAAAGCCGACACGUAAAGCGUCUACAGAACCAACGUUAGACACGAAUUUCUUUGACGACGAUUACGAUCUCGAAACUGAAGAUGAUUUACCAACAGACGACGACGAUGAUGAUGAUGUAGAUGAUGAAGACUACGAUAUCGAUGAAGACAAUACAAAUGCGAAACGUAAAGAUAAUGGUACGGCAGACGAGUCAGCUGAUGAUAGCGGUAAAGGUGAGACAUCGUAAUUUCACACCAAUAUUCACACGUGGAAAGAAGAAAAGAUGAGGAAUGAUAAUAUUUUGUGCGGUAUUUGGCGUUUUUAUGGUGCAAGGCAUGGCUGACAGUUUUGUAGUCGCAGACGAAAAUAUAGAAGUUUGAAAGUAUUUUGAUUAAAGAAAAAAGAGGUCGUCGAAAAAAAUGCAUUGCAGCGCAAAUGUGGAAACAAAAUUCAGGAACUAUUUAGCACUUAACUAGUGUAAAUAUGAAAAAAUUAAAAAUCGUAAAAUAUUAAAAAAAAAAA